AGAAAAACAGUGUCUUGAGCAAAGAAUAGUGUGUAUAUUUCAAGUUGUGUCAUUCAGGGGAAAAACUGAAUAGUAACAAAAGGUCAAAGUGGCAUCAGGAAUAAUACCCCAAUACCAUCUUCUUCUCUGAAGGGCAAAUUGAAAUGGCAUCAGAUAUGGCAAGGCAAAUGUAGCCUCAAGAUGGCAAGAGGAGAUUGGUCCGAGAGAUUUUCUCAUGACAGCCAAUAGCAAAUAUCCAGUUUUUUUUUCAACUGGGAAGGGAAAUAGUGAUGAAAUGAUCCAAUCACCCCUGGAAAAGAGGAGGCUUCUGUCUAUGUUUUUAUGCAUCUACCAGUGAAAUAAAGGGGCCUUUUACUGCUCAUAACAAGGACUCAUUUGUCUGACCAUGUCAGGGCCUCUAUGUUUCCCAUUGUUCUUCCCCAUGGACUUUUAUUUGGGACCACAGGACUUUAAAGUCCUCAGGCUAGAAGGUCAUGGGACCAUCUUGGACAUGGUCUCUAUAGGCCAAUCAAGUUUGGUCUGUGCUAGUCUGAGUCAAAAUGUGCAUCACUGGAGCACUUUGAGAGAGGAAAUUGUGUGUGUCCAAGGAGCUUUACUUAAAGGAGUCACUUCCAGCUAAAAUCCCUAUAUGCUCCCUUAGUUCAUAAAAACUGAGCAUUGCUUUGGUUUGGUGACAGGGUGAGAAAGCGAGAAGAAAACUCUGUAGGAGCCUAUAUGUGUUGAUUAUUUCACAGUGUACAGUUUUGUUCUGUCAGUACUUGUAUGCCUCCUACACAGUGUGCCCAGUUCCCUGGUCCCAGGUCCCUUGUAUACAAGCUUACACUCAUUAGUAAUACCACACAUAAUAUAGCAGGGAAAAGAAUAUGAGAGAUCUCUAGAGUAACACAUGCUCUUCAUCUAUUGAUCUAUAACCGUUCUCUGGGUCAUGCAAAAAUGUGAUGACAGCGACAUACCAAGAGUAACAAAGGAGAUCUCUGUCUCUGUCAGCUGGGGAAGGAUCAAAAAUAGUAUCAUAUAGCAUAGUUUCAUUAACUUGCAACAAGCAUCUACCCAAGUAUUUCAUCUGUUGAUGUCAUGCAUGAGAUUUGUGUGGUCCACUAGGUCAAGUUGAAGUAAUGAGAUUAUUUGUAUUCUUUUUCAAGUUAAAUCAUUUUUUUUAAGUUACACUGUCUCUUGUGCAAAUGUCAUUCUAUGAUGUGUUUGCAUAAUUGAUAGCUCAUGCGCAGGGAUCAAGCAUUGCUAUUGCUAGAAAAAUUGUUGAAUUUUAAAUUUCAAACGGCAUAACUUUUUUUUUUUUUUGCACACUUUCUUCUUUAUGCUCCCAGCUCCUCAAGGUCAAAAAUAACCAUCCUUAACGACUCCCAUUAGAUAAAAGUUUCAUUAAAUGUAAACUGUAACACCAUUUAAGUCUCUUGCAACUUGCAUCAUCUAGAUUUGUUUUUCUUACAGUGGAUAUAUACUUUAGUAUCUGAUGUAAAACAGUCAGGUGUGAGUGAUAUGAGUGGGAAUUUUAUUGAUUUAUUUCUAAAUUUAACCAUGAACUCAUGUUCCAAUAUAUUUAUUUACCUUUCAAAUGUGUGUUCGUGCGUGUGUGUGUGCCUGCGUGCGUGUGCAAUGUAAAACAGUGGCAAUGUCACUCGUAAAACUGGAGUACUUUCUGUCAAAGUGAAUUGGACUAUGGAGGCGGAGUAUCCGGCGUUGAUAGGUUCUCAGAGUUGAACGUUGCCUGACAAACGCCCUCCCCGGCACUCACGUUCACUUCCACCGACACGGCGGUCGGAGGCUCCGUGAAGGCGCACUUGGUUUGACUUUGCCCUCUCGUUCGUGGAACUCUGACAGACUGCGAUGACGUCUCGCAGGUGGUUCCACCCCAACAUCACUGGGUUAGAGGCGGAGCAGCUCCUCCUGACACGGGGCGUCCACGGCAGCUUCCUGGCCAGGCCUAGCAAGAGCAACCCAGGGGACUUCACACUCUCUGUCAGGCGUAACGAUGAGGUCACCCACAUUAAGAUCCAGAACUCGGGGGACUACUACGAUCUGUAUGGCGGGGAGAAGUUUGCCACGCUGGCCGAGCUGGUGCAGUACUACACCGAGCAGCACGACCUGCUGCGCGAGAGGAACGGCGACGUCAUUGAGCUCAAGUACCCCCUCAACUGCAAGGACCCCACAUCGGAGAGAUGGUACCACGGGCACCUCUCUGGGCGUGAUGCGGAGAAGCUCCUCACGGAAAAGGGCAAGCCGGGCAGCUUCCUGGUGCGCGAGAGCCAGAGCAAGCCAGGCGACUUUGUGCUGUCCGUCCUCACCAACGAGGAGAAGCACGAAAACGUGGACCGCAAGACCAAAGUCACACACGUCAUGAUCCGAUAUCAAGAUGGCAAGUAUGACGUAGGUGGAGGAGAGAGGUUCGACACCCUGGCGGACCUGGUGGAGCACUAUAAGAAGAACCCCAUGGUGGAGAAGAGUGGUAUAGUGGUACACCUGAAACAGCCUUUCAAUGCAACAAGAAUAAAUGCAGCAAACAUCGAGAACCGGGUGCGGGAGCUGAACAAAGUGGCCGACAACUCGGAGAAACCCAAGCAAGGAUUCUGGGAGGAAUUUGAGAUGCUGCAGCAGCAGGAGUGCAAGCUCCUCUACCCUAGGAAAGAGGGACAGAGGCCAGAGAACAAGAGCAAGAACCGCUACAAGAACAUCCUGCCGUUCGACACCACCCGUGUGAUCGUCAGGGAAGCAGACCCAGAGGUGUCUUGCGCCGACUACAUCAACGCCAACUACAUCAGAGGUAAACAGGAAGAUGGACGACACGUAGACGAGGGGAAAGUCUUCAUCGCCACACAGGGCUGCCUGCAGAAUACGGUGAUGGACUUCUGGAAGAUGGUGUACCAGGAGAACACGCACGUCAUCGUCAUGACCACCAAGGAGAUGGAGCGAGGCAGGAAUAAGUGCGUACGGUACUGGCCCGACAUCAACACCACCAGGGAGUUUGGGAAAGUGAGCGUGAAAAACAUCGAGGAGCACACAGCCCAGGACUACAUCCUGAGAGAGCUGGAGGUGACUCGAACAGACAAGAGGGAACCACCCAGGUACAUCUGGCACUACCAGUACCUGAGCUGGCCGGACCACGGGGUGCCCAACGAGCCUGGGGGAGUUCUGAGCUUUCUGGAGCAGGUCAACCGGACCCAGGGAGCUGUUCUAGAGACUGGGCCCAUUGUAGUCCACUGCAGUGCAGGGAUUGGAAGAACAGGAACCAUCAUCGUGAUCGACAUUCUCAUUGACAUCAUCAACAGACAAGGGCUGGACUGCGACAUAGACAUCCCCAAAACCAUCCAGCAGGUGCGGCAGCAGCGCUCGGGCAUGGUGCAGACGGAGGCCCAGUACAAGUUCAUCUACAUGGCCGUGCAGCAGUACAUCGACACCGCCCAGAAGAGACUAGAGGAGGAGCAGAGGGGCAAGACAAAGGAGAGGGAAUACUCCAAUAUCAAGUACCCUCCUAUGACGAACGCCAGAGUGAAGCCCAACAUGACCUCCUCACGCUCCUCGUCCGUGAUGAAUGACGACUCGUCCAGUGUGUAUGAGAACUUGAACAUCAAAAGCCCAAAGAGCUGUGGGAGCAGUAACACCAGGAGAUAGGUCCCCCAGGCUGCAGCCUCUCUCUCUCUUUCUCACUCUUCGCAGCAGAGGUGCAGCUCGUCAGCGCCUGACCUUGCGUGCGUUUGGAGCAGGGUGGGGUAGGAGGCCUCCCCUCCUUCCCCCCUCCCUCUCUCCCUCCUUCCCUCCCUCUCUCUCUCUCUCUCCCUCCAUGGGCUGGAGCCAGUGUGGGAGCAGGAGGACAGGCCCGGCUUUUCUGUUCGGCUGGACCCACCCACUCCUCUACACAGAGGAGCACACAGAACCGAGUCAACACCCCCCACCCACCCAGACCCCCAUCUGGUUCACAGUCAUUCUAUCCCUCUCUCUCUAUUCUUUGGACUCUCCAUGUGACUCUACAGUACCGUGAGGCUUCACUUUUGCAAACUAAGUGCCUCGAGCUACAGCCGAGUCUCUGCAUCGCCCCUUCUCACCCCCCUUCUCUCGUUCCCCCCCCCCACUGAGCCGGUGGCCUCCCGGGGGCAAAGACAUGCGAGCUCUGCACAAAGCCCCUCUCCAGCCACCCCUUCACUUUCUGUCUUCAAGUUGACCAACGCAGCACACAGAACCGUGACCUUGUCCACUCUGCAGAGGCGAAGGGAGGUCAUGUUUUUUUCAACACGGCGUAGUUUGUGUUUGUUGUUUUCUUUUCCAUUCGUUUUUUUUUGUUGUUGUUGUGGACACAUAGAGGAUGUUUGAGGGUAACCCAGACUUUUUUUGUUUUGUUUUUCUUCUCUCUCUCUCUCUCUCUCUCUCUCUCUCUCUCUCUCUCUCUGCCUGGCGAUACUCUGUGCACUGGAUGUCAUCUAUUGUAACCAAAGACCUUUGAUUAGCUCGACAGAAUCUCACUGGCCACAGUCAUUAGUGCUUUGCUGAGUGACGAACGACGCACAGUGUAGCAAUUUGCUGCAGUACACAGCAUUUGCACACAAGGACAAGUGUAAACACACAAACACACACACACAUACACACACACACACACAAUUAUGCAACACCUUUUCCAGCCCUUGGAGAUAUCCCCUUAUUUGGAAGAAAGACGUCAGUGUAUGUAUUUAAUCUGCCAUGUUGAUUUAGCGGCGGUGUAAUCUGCCUCACAUGAUUACAAAUGUGGUCGGGUGGAGAGCUCCAGAAGGAGAAGAGGAGGAGGGGGAGGGGGUGGGUUUCAGAUGGGAAAAGAGAACAGAAGGACACUGGAAAGCCAUGGAAAGGACUUCUGUUUGCUCGUGAACCGUUGUGACACAUCAGGACAUCUUUUUUUUUUUUUAUGUGCCAAUUUGCACCCUCGCAUGCACUUCUGGAAGCUCCUCCUGUUUCUAGUUUUUGUUUUUGUUUUGUUUUUUGUUUUUGUGGAGCUGCUGGAAAAGCCUGACUCAAUCUCCCUCUCUCUCUCUCUCUCUCUCUCUCUCUCUCUCUCUCUCUGUGUGACUCUGCGCCUCAGGCUGCCUGUGUAGUGUUAGCUUCCUGCCCCCCUGCCCUGCUGCGGGCUGCUGUUGCUAUGGCCUCGAUGGCCUGCCAUCCGGCUGGGGGUUCUGGACUCUCACCCCGCUUCCCGCCGCAGCACAGCCCCACCUGCCAGAGCCCCAGCAGCCCAGCCUUCAGAGCUAGAUCCAUCAUGGAAGAGUUUCUGUUUUUUUUUUGUAUUUUACAUCUGAUGAUUCCUUUUAAAGAUUUAUUUUUGACUUGUGGUUUAUUUGUGAAUGUGAUUGCGCAAUUCUAUGACAUAUAGCACAUAUGCAGGUUUAUAUAGAAAUACUGAAGUAUGUGUACUUUUUGAAGGUGGGGUAUUUGUCCAGUUUAUUAAGCCUAGUACCCUUUAUCCUAAAACAAAACAUGUUUGAUUGACACCUAUAUGGGUGAUGUACAUUAAGCUACAUGAAGUUAUUCAUGAACACAGCCUCACGUUCCGUAGGUUAAGGGUUGACAUGCUUGUGUGUCUGAAUGAGAAGCCAUAAUGUUGCUAGCCACACAAGCCCAGGACAUGUGCAUCAUGGUGUUGGGUAGCCUUCAACCCAGGUCUUUAGUGAAACAUCAUUGGGCCAGAUGGCCGCAGUUCAAGAUUAAAGAAUAGAUUUGUCUGGACCGGGAGGGGGAGGGGGGUGGUGGAGGCAAAAAAAGUAAUUUGCAAGAUGGCCGUAAUCCAGACGUGUUUAUUCUGGGAGUGACAUUGCAUCAGGGCUGACGUCACGUAAAAGUGGGAUUGGGAGAGGGUAAGACGCUAUUGUUGUCCAGCCCGUCCACUGGUGAUUGAGGCCUAGUCACGUGUGGUCAUUCUGUUCUGCCGGCUAAAAAUAGAUGGCUUAGUUUAAUACACACUCUAUACACCAACAUGGCUCUCUGUUCCAGCAUAUGAAAUUGAUCAGUGAUCACUUGGACUGCAUCGAUGUUAUGUGUGUGUGUGUGUGUGUGUGUGUGUGUGUGUGUGUGUGUGUGUGUGUGUGUGUGUGUGUGUGUGUGUGUGUGUGUGUGUGUGUGUGUGUGUGUGUGUGUGUUUCAUUUGGAGGACAUAUACAGGUCUGGACGACUCACCUGAUGCAAAUGGUUGAUUUGUCUGUAUGCCUCUCAAUUUGAACAUAACCCAAGUUAAAACCCAGAUGUUUGAAUACCUUGACACUGGAUAUGUGUAUUAAUAAUGGCUGCCCAAUUCUUGAAAAUACUUUAAUUAGAUGGUCCAGUGACUUAGCAACCAUGUGUCUCCUCUUGCACACCACUAAAUUGAAGCAGACUUGUAUUUAUUUGAUUUUAAUUGUUUAGUGCUUGAAAGGCUGUUUGUAAUUGGAACCUGUUUUGUUUGAUGAAUUUUCACUUUGCCUGUGUGAACAUGGGUAGAAAUCCAAUUUUUUGAUGUGGUGAACCGUAUAUAUAUAUAUAUAUAUAUAUAUAUAAAACACAAAUUUAAGUUAGACUUUGAUACUUGAAAUGUUUUGAACUGCUGAGGUAAAGCUGUGUGAUGGGGUCGGUGGUGAAGAAUGUCCCCCCCCUGCUGAUAAUGACAGGAGAACUAUGUUAGUCUUGUAGGUGUGCAUCAGUGUUUUGUCAUUUUAUUUUCUUUAGAGGUUUUUGUAAGUGUUCUGAAAAAGUGUUUUAACUUGUCCCCCAAUGAUAUUUUUGUAUGAUAUGGUUUUAUGAUGAUGAAAUUAUUAUUAUUAUUAUUAUCAUUUGGCUAAAUAAACUCAACUAUUAAGCUUAAAAUGUAUCUAAUUUUAUUUUAGCUUUUUCUCCUUUAAUUUACUUGAAUAUGAUGUUCUGUUUUUAUUUUGUAUCCUUGUUUUUUGGUUUGUUUGUUGCAAUCUGCCUGAUCUGAAAUGUGCUGUGCUGACUGUCCUUGUGUUGGAUGCAGGCUGUUUCCCCUGUUUGCACUGGGUCAGCCUAUAACGCCUUCUGUCCUGGGUAACACAGUGACGCAAUGGUGGUCUCUGCUGACGAUUAGUUCAAUAUUGAAUAGUCAAUAAAAAUCAGUAUCAUGAGAUACAGGAUCACACAACACA